GGUGGAAAGAUUUAUUACUUCACAACACUUCACUAUACAACAACCUCUCUCUCUCUCCUCCUCCUUCCAUGGCUUCCCCCAACCAAAUCUUCAUCUUCUUCCUCCUCACUCUCUUAUCCUCCCUGCAAAUUCUUCAAGCAAGAGACAGCCAAUUCUUCAACAAAAUCCCUAGCAACAACAACAACAAUAGCAGCAGCAAAGAGCAAUCUGCAACUGUGGUUCCUCUGCAGAAAGAACCAAAUUUCAUCCCGGAGAAUGAAACCAGCGGCUAUGGCCUCUACGGCCAUGAAUCCGGCCAGCUUCCUCCGUCCGCCACCGCCGUCAACAACCAUGCAGAGGCGGAGGAAGUUCCUUACAAGAAAUACCUUCCCAAGAACUAUAACCCCGUUGCCUAUGUAACUGUCCCGGAGGACAACAAUAAUGAUGACGCUAAGUUCAUGGCCGCCGCCGCCGACAACGACAACCGCCGGUUCUACAACGGCGGCAAGGAGUUCGCCGGCGCCGGCGGAGGCGGAGGUGAGUACUACAACGGCGGCGGGGAAUCGAGAAUGCCCGAGGACACCAGGUUCAUGGACGACAAGGAGUUCACCACCUCCGCCGCCGCCGAUACCCGCCAGUACUACUAUCACAACGGCGGCGGCAGAUCAAGAGAAUCAACCAUCCCCGACGACACAAGAUUCACGGAAAACGAGUUCACCACCGACAACCGCCGUUACAACGGCGGCGCCGGCAACAACUACUACAACAACAACCACCAAGAAUCAAACUUUCCCGAAGAUAAAUUCACGCAGAGUGGCUUCAACACUGACAACAACAACAACUACUACUACACCAACAACCGAGAAGAAACCUUCCCCACCACCACCACCGGCGGCGGCGGCGGCAACCGCUACAACUACAACAACGGCGGCGCUGCAAACAGGUUUGAGCAGCAAGGGAUGAGCGACACAAGAUUCAUGGAAAAUGGGAGGUAUUACUAUGAUGUCAACACAGAGAAGUACGCCAGACAUCCAUACGAGAAUUCAAGAAACCAGUUCAACAACAAUGGAGGAUUCGACAACAACAACAACAACAACAAUGGAUUCAUGGAGAACAACUACCAGAAUAUGGAGGAGUUCCAGGACCAAGAAGACCUUCCCUGAGAUUCCUUAACAAUUUUUUUUUUUUCUACAAAGUUAAAAGAUGAUCAUGUGACGGAGUCCCAAAAUCUGCAAAUUAAACACACGACUGGGUGUUUGAUUGUGUGUUAAAUUAUGGUUGUUUAGGGGUGAAUAUGUUGAUGAUGAUUAAGCUAUAGAUUUGUUCAUAGGUUAUUAAUUAUCUCCUGUCUCUAUAGUUAUAUUGUGUGUGAAUGAGACCAUGAAACUAUGGUUUUGUGUCAA